AUGGUUAACGAAACUGGAACUCCUAUGACUGUUGUUGGUGCUUCUAGUUCUGGUUCUGGUGGUACUGCUGCCAUUGAUUGGGCUACGUACCGUUUCCCUCAGCCUAUUGAUUUAUCGGGCAUGCCUGAUAAAUUCAGUGGGGGGGCUUCCUUUUCUCGUUGGCAGAAAAAGAUGAAGCUCUGGUUAACGGUUAAGGGCUUAUGGCCAGUGGUGCAGUAUGAUCCUCCUGUUGUGGAUCAAGAGAAGGCUGAUUCUGCAAAGGUUUAUGCUGCAAAGGUUUAUGCUUUGUGGGCUGAAAAGGAUGGGGUGGCUAGGGCUGCUAUUUUGGCAGCGUUAGCGAACACUCUAUUCGAUGUAUAUUCAUCGGAUGCCUAUACUGCUAAGCUUUUGUGGGAGAAGCUGGACCAAACCCACAAUACUGAUUCUCAAGGUCUUGCGAAGUAUAGUGUGGCGAGGUUUCUUGAUUUCAAGCUGGUGGAUGGAAAAUCCAUGACGGAACAUGUGCAUGAAUUUGAGAUGUUGGUGCAUGCUUUGAAGGAGUCCGGAAUGGACCUGCCUGAAAAGUUUCAGGUUAUGUCCGUGAUUGAAAAACUCCCAAAGUCUUGGGAAGAGUUUGCUCUCUCCCUGAAAAGACAAAAAGGAGAGAUCACUUGGACUAAUCUGAUGUUGGACAUCUCUGUGCAGGAGCAGCACAAGUCCAAACAAGGACAUGUGAUGCCUGCUGAGCAUGGGAGUAGUUCGAAGGUGAACGUAGUAACAGUAGGACAGAAAAGGAAAUCUGUCACUAAGAAGGAUAAACCUAAGAAGACAAGAACAAGGCUAAGAAACCAAAGGCAAACAAGCCAUGUUGGUCUUGUGGACAGGUUGGUCAUUGGAGCAAGGACUGUCCCAUGA